CAAGAGUGUUGAGAUCGCGCGCUAGAGGAGGGUCUAUUCGAUUGGUGUUCCUGCGGCGCCUCUCACGAGGUCCCAUUGUCCCUUGAACGAUGCCCUCAGAUACAACUUCUGCGCCGGCACCAGGGGCAGGAGGGAAAUCAAAGAAAAACAGCAGGAAGAAAGCAAAUGCGAAAGCAAAGGCAAAUGGCGGGACCGUUCCCAUCACGACUUCUUCCGACCAACUACAGCCGCCCACACAAUCCGACGGGCAACAGGAGAGAUCAGGCCAGGGUCAACAGGAGAAGCCAAUUGCACCGCCGGCUAGCAAAGAAAGCGUCGCGAACGGCUCCCAGGCAGCGGAUUUGGAGGAUAACAAUGGAGGACGGGAUAAGGAAACGGAGUCGAUAACGGAGAGCGACACUGAUGUACCGCCUCCCAACUCAACAACCACUUCUUUUGAUUCCGACCCCAGGUUCGAAGCACUGGUGCGGGAUCGCGACUCCCUGCGUGCGGAAGUAGCUGAGAUGCGCAUAUCUCUGGAAAAGAUACAGUCCAAACACGAUGAGGAGAUGGGGGCUCUACAGAACGAGCUGAAACAGUCACAAAAUGACAAAGAGCAUGCCGAGACCCAGUUUCGGAAUUUGUUGGGCAAGGUCAAUACGAUCAAGUCGCAGCUGGGGGAGAGGUUGAAGGCUGAUGCUGAAGAAUUGGAGCAGAAGAGGAGCCGGAUUGAGGAGCUUGAGGGCCAAAAUGCUGUGCUACAAACGGAGGUGGAGUCGAAAUCGGCUGCUCUCAAAUCACUGGAGAAGGAAAGGGAACAGCAAUCUAAGGAGCUGUCUAGCUUGCGAAAUCGGACGAAUUUAUCGCAACAAAAUUGGCUGAAGGAGAGAGAGGAAUUGGUAGAACGAGAGGCAUAUGUGCGUUCGGAAUUCGAGGAGGCAAAGCAAGCUAUGCACAAUUGGGAAAUUCUCGCCAUGGAGGAGCGAUCCAUUCGAGAAAGUCUGGAAGAGAAAGUGACAGACCUGGAGGAGCAGCUUGUCACCUUGAAAAGCGACUAUGAGAAAGCCUCUUCCGAACGCGAUGCACAAUCAGUGACGGUGGACGGGCUUCAGAGGGCGCUUCAAGAUAUCCAAACCGCCCGAAAACAGGAGCUACGAGAGAUAGUAGAAAGCUCAGAUGCACAGCUGGAAGAGCACCGGAAGAAGCUCCAGGAGGCUGAGAAGAACGCCACAGAAGCCAUUGCCAAACUAGAAGAGGCAGAGGCGGAGUUGAAACGAGCUCUGCCAUUUGAAAAAGAAGUCAAGGAGAAGAAUCUGCUUAUUGGCAAGCUACGCCAUGAAGCAGUGACACUGAAUGAGCAUCUUACCAAAGCUCUAAGGUUCCUGAAGAAGGGAAAACCAGAAGAUAAUGUAGAUAGACACCUCGUCACCAACCAUUUCCUCCAUUUCCUAGCGCUGGAUCGAUCAGACCCGAAGAAAUUCCAGGUCCUGCAGCUCAUAUCAGCGUUACUAGGAUGGACAGAUGAACAACGAGAGCAAGCUGGUCUUGCCCGCCCCGGAACCUCAAGCGGAUUUGGCGUUAGUCUACGCAUUCCCAGCACUUCAUCCCUCCUAUCGAGGACACCAAGCUCGCCGUCCCUUGGGUCCGAGUUUUUGAUGGACAAUAUAAACUCUCCCCCAGUCUCGUGCCAAGAACCUAGAAACCCAAUCCCCAAAAUUGGCGACAACACGAUAGUAGUUAUUCUCAUAAUUUUUGGUCUGCCUUUCCUCUCUUUCUUUCCCCUAUCCAAUCUCCUCAUUUCUUCAUACAUUCCAAUGGCCGCUGCUGCCAUCCGCAAAUUCCGCCCUGUAGUGAUAUCCGGCCCUUCAGGCGCUGGGAAAUCAACAUUGAUAAAAAGACUCUUUGCCGAUUACCCAGAUACCUUUGCGCUUUCAGUUUCUCAUACAACCCGACCCCCCCGCGCCGGCGAACAACACGGACGUGAAUACUACUUCACAACACGCGAUGGCUUCCAAUCCCUCAUCGACGAAGGCGGCUUUAUAGAGUGGGCCCAAUUCAGCGGGAAUUACUAUGGCACUAGCACCAAGGCGGUGAGGGACGUGGCGGAGAAGAAGCGCAUUUGCAUUCUCGAUAUUGAGAUGGAGGGCGUCAAACAAGUCAAACGCACAUCCCUAAAUGCGCGUUUCAUUUUCAUCGCCCCGCCCUCCCUCGAAGUGCUCGAGCAGCGCCUGCGGGGCCGCGGCUCGGAGACGGAGGAGAGUCUCCGCAGCCGUCUGGCGCAGGCGAAGAAUGAGCUGGAGUAUGCCAAGCAGCCUGGCGCGCAUGAUAUGGUGCUUGUCAAUGACGAGUUGGAGGCUACGUAUAAGGCGUUGAGGGAGUGGGUGGUUGAUGAGGGGCGGUUUGGGGCGCUGGAGUGAGAGGUUGUAUGGGACUUCUUUUUUGGCUGUUUUUGCGAGGCGAAUGGGGUAUUU